AUGGUCAAGCUCAAUCUAUAUGGCCGCGGGCGGCCGCUCAGAAUGGCUAUUAUGUUUACGUGCCAAUUGGCGUUUAUUCUCUUUGGAUACGAUCAAGGAGUGUUCUCAGGAAUCGUAGGCAAUGACGACUUCCUCGAGGUCGUACACCACCCCAGCGCAGGCAUUCUAGGAAUCAUUGUCUCGAUAUACAACCUAGGCUGUUUCAGUGGUACUAUCGUCUCAUUCGUAACGGGCGAUCGACUCGGUCCACGAAAGUCGAUGUGGUUUGCGAUGGUAUGGAUUAUCAUCGGCGCAACCCUCCAAACAACAGCCUUCUCACGAGCCCAACUCCUAGUAGCCCGUUUCAUCACGGGUAUUGGCACGGGCAUCGAAACGACCACCGUCCCCGUAUAUCAAUCCGAACUCUGCGAAGCCAAGAAACGAGGCAAGUACGUGAGUAGUGAGCCGUUAUUCGUCGGCGUCGGGAUCGUGAUUGCAUACUGGUUCGAUUAUGGGAUGUCGUAUGUGCCCGGCGCAAUUAAUUGGCGUCUUCCCAUCGCUUGUCAGAUGAUUUUCGCUAUUAUGGUUAUUUUGUUGGUGUUUGGACAUAACCGGCCUGAUGAGGCGCUGCAGGUUCUAUGUGAUGUGUAUAACAUGCAACCCGAUGAUCCAAAGGUUGUAUCCGAGUCGGAGGGGAUCCUGGAAGCUAUUGAGCUUGAGACUCUUCAUGGUGAAUAUAAGUGGUCGCAGAUUCUCAAGAGGGAUGAGGUUCAGACGGGGAAGCGUGUGUUGUUGGCUUAUGGGAUUCAAUUUAUGAACCAGAUGGGCGGUAUCAAUCUGGUUGUCUACUAUGUUACUUCGGUCUUGCAGUACAAUGUUGGUUUGGACCGAAAAUUGAGUCUCCUGCUCGGAGGAGUCAUUCAGAUUAUGUUUGUGAUUGGCUCCUUCUACCCAACAUUCUUCUCCGACAAAUACGGUCGUCGCCAACCCAUGAUGUGGGGAUCCUUCGGUCUCUCCAUAUCCAUGAUGAUGAUUGCCAUUCUACUCUCAUUCAAGGGAACAUCCGUCGAAAAACCAACGGCCUCAGCCUCAGUCGCCUUCUUCUUCCUCUUCAUGCUCAUCUUCGGAGCCUCGGUCAACUGUAUUCCAAAAGGGUUACGUACUACCACAUAUGGAAGCUUGCCCUGGUAUACCCCCGCUAAACAAGCCAUCGGUAUAUCCGCAAACUGGCUCUGGAAUUUCUUCGUCGUCAUGAUCACCCCGACAUUAAUUGAGAAUCUAGCUUGGAAGGGCUAUCUCAUUUUUAUGUGUUUGAAUCUUGCUUUUGUCCCGAUUGUCUACUUCUUCUACCCCGAAACAGCAAAUCUCACCCUCGAAGAAAUCGAUUUCCUCUUCACCGACCGUGCAAGACAUCCGUCUUUGCGGGGUCAUGUUGGUGUCAACGGUGAUGACGGUGAUGCGGCUAAUGCUGGCAAGGAGAGUGGGAGUACCAGUCCAGUGGAAGUGCGGGAGGAUCAUGUCAAGGAAGAAAUUUAA